GAUAUCCACUGGCCACUGGCCAGAGGCCACUGCCAAUCUCCUCGCCGAGCUCCACGCCAUGAUCAUCACCACCCCCGCCUUCCCGUCCGUGUCCUCCUUCCACCGCCCGCGCCUCAGGCCCUGCCCGCGCCGCGCCGUCCUCCACCUCGUCCGGUCGGCCGCCUCCUCCUCCUCCUCGUCGUGGGAGGAGCGCGAGGAAACGCGGUGGCUCCGCGAGGAGCAGCGCUGGCUGCGGGAGGAGCAGCGGUGGCUCCGCGAGGAGUCGCGCUGGCGUGCCGAGCGCGAGGCCCUCCUCUCCGAGAUCACGGCGCUCCGUCUGCGCCUCCGCGCGCUCGAGCCUGCUGCCGCGCCCGUGCCUCCUCCCGCACCGGCGGCUGCGCGCGUCGCUCCGCCUCCGCCUCCCCCCGCACCGGUUGCGCGCGUUGCUCCGCCUCCGCCUCCGCCCGCGCCUGCGGCACGCGUGGCGCCACCUCCGCCGCCCGUGCCGGAGCCGGUGGAGGAGGUCGAGGUGAGGAAGGAGGUGGUGGUGGUCGAGGAGAAGGCCAAGGCGAAGCCGAAACCGAAGGCUGGGGCCGGCAGCGGCAAGAAGCGGGCGCUGAGGGUAGGGAGCGAAGGAGAGGAAGUGCGGGCGAUGCAGGAAGCCUUGGAAAAGCUCGGUUUCUACUCGGGCGAAGAGGACACGGAGUUCUCCAGCUUCUCAACCGGCACCGAACGAGCCGUCAAGACAUGGCAGGCAUCGAUAGGUACUACAGAGGAUGGGCUGAUGACAUCGGAGCUACUCGAGAUGCUAUUCACAGGACGGACCGAGGACGAUCUCAAAAAGGAAGGCGUAAACGGAGCACUUGUUCCUCCUAUAACAGAAACCGCAGAGGUUCAGCAACCUGUGGUGGAAAAAAUUGACUACAACAAACACAGAGUGUACCUUCUCGGCGAGAACCGGUGGGAAGAUCCAUCCAGGCUAACCAAGAAGGAUAAGCCGAUCAGCGGUUCUACUGCCGCGUCGACAAAGCAGUGCAUCACCUGCCGAGGCGAAGGCCGCCUCCUGUGCCUAGAAUGUGAUGGAACAGGUGAGCCCAACAUUGAACCACAGUUCUUGGAGUGGGUUGGCGAAGACACAAAGUGCCCAUACUGUGAAGGCCUUGGCUACACUAUAUGUGAUGUUUGUCAAGGGAUUAAAACAGUGCACAGUUAAAGCAAAGGACUUAUGAGCAACAUUCAGCCUUAGUUGAACAUCUAUAGCAGCUUAUAUAGAUGUUAACUAACUAUUCCACUUUUGUUGCGGUAUUUUUGAAAUAUAUAAUCACAUUGUCAUCCUACACCACAGAAAACAGAUGCAUAGAGGCUAGGUAAUACUCCUACUUAUUAUGUACAAUAGAAGAUGGGGAAAAUAACGAAGGAAGCGGUUGCUUUGUCAAUCAAGCUUGUAAAAUUGGCAUGCAUUCAAAUAUUUUCACCAUUCAUAAUAUUUACAGGAAAACGUAUUUAUA